GGGCUAGCCGCUGCGACGCUGCUGCCAUCCGCCGCUACGAUCUGCCGCAUCGGGGACUUUCGACCCUUUCACUCCCCCGAGCGACUCUAGCCUUCGCUUUCAGUCUUAAAAUUAACCAGGGUGCUAUAUCAUGAUAGAAGUUGAGUGAGUCUGUGAUUAGUUUUAGGUUUAAUCAUUAAUUUAGCUGCCGGUUUGGCGGGACUGGAUCGGUUUAACAAUACGACGUGCUAAAGCUAAAUAGGUUAGCGUUGAAACAGGCCAGCUACCGCGGCUGUCAUGGAAGACAAAUCUUUUACGAAGGAAUUAGACCAGUGGAUCGAACAGCUAAAUGAGUGUAAGCAACUGUCGGAAAACCAAGUGAGGACGCUAUGUGAGAAGGCCAAGGAGAUUCUGACCAAGGAGUCGAACGUCCAGGAGGUGCGAUGCCCGGUGACGGUGUGUGGCGAUGUCCAUGGUCAGUUCCACGACCUCAUGGAGCUGUUUAAGAUCGGAGGAAAGUCUCCCGACACCAAUUACCUGUUCAUGGGGGACUAUGUCGACAGAGGCUACUACUCUGUGGAGACGGUCACACUGCUGGUCACAUUAAAGGUGCGUUUCCAAGAGCGAAUUACUAUCCUGCGGGGUAACCAUGAGUCACGGCAGAUCACACAGGUCUACGGCUUUUACGACGAGUGCCUGAGAAAGUACGGCAAUGCUAACGUGUGGAAGUACUUCACAGACCUGUUUGACUACCUGCCGCUUACUGCACUGGUCGAUGGACAGAUUUUCUGUCUCCAUGGUGGUUUGUCUCCCUCAAUAGACACGCUGGAUCACAUAAGAGCUCUGGACCGUCUACAAGAAGUCCCACAUGAGGGCCCCAUGUGUGACCUGCUCUGGUCAGACCCUGAUGAUCGUGGUGGGUGGGGCAUUUCUCCUCGAGGUGCAGGUUACACCUUUGGACAGGACAUUUCUGAAACCUUCAACCACGCCAAUGGCCUCACCCUGGUGUCCCGGGCUCAUCAGCUGGUCAUGGAGGGCUACAACUGGGGUCAUGACAAGAACGUGGUGACCAUUUUUAGUGCUCCUAACUACUGCUACCGCUGUGGAAACCAGGCAGCCAUCAUGGAGCUGGACGACACCCUCAAAUACUCUUUUCUUCAGUUUGACCCUGCUCCACGUCGCGGAGAGCCCCAUGUGACCAGACGCACUCCUGACUACUUCCUGUGAAUGUUGGAAAUCACCUCCCGCCAGUCAUCCACAAAGUUCCUCCCCUCCCCCUCUCCCCCACCUACUCCAUUCUGGAUGGCAAGGAAAUGAUAAUGAUUUGCUGUACCAGGGAGAAUAGAAAACCAAUGAUUGGCUGAUAAAAUCCAAGAUUUUAACAAAAAGAAUGAAACUUGAAGAGAGGCCCUCUACAGUCUAGUUUUCAAUAUGCUGUCAUUAAUGCUGUGCUUCUGGGGAAAACAUACAUCUAUGAUCUGUUCUUUCUGUUCUUUUUUUGUUUAUUACAUGUUUGAAAAUGAGAAUAAAACUACCAACGUGGACCAAAUGUGCCAUAUUCUGAUCCUUCGACAACAUGUUCAAGCUCAACAUUUUUACUGUUUUGUUUUUUUUUUCUUCUUGAGACUAGCACUAAACUCCUUCACACCUGACGUCACCGCCACACACCUCAUUGCAUAUGUGCUUCUUUUUCUGUUGCAAGAUCAUUUAAAAAAAAAAGACGACAAAAUGAUGAGGAAAAAAUUGAGUUUGCUUUAAGUAGUACAGCUGUCAGUUCUAGCUGUCCAGGCUGCAGCCGGUGGUCAUCUCAGCAAGUAUAUUUACUGUAAUUUGAAUUAAGACAACAGACGUAUGAAAUAAAAUGUCUUAUUGACAACGUA